AUGGGUGAUGAAGUGGUGUUGUUGGGAUAUCAUUUGAGUAUGUUUGUGGUAAGAGUUAAGAUUGCACUUGGAGAGAAAGGUGUCAAGUAUGAGUACAAGGAAGAAGAUCUUCUCAACACCAAAAGUGCAUUGCUUCUACAAAUGAACCCAGUUCACAAGAAAGUCCCUGUCCUUAUCCAUAAUGGGAAGCCCAUUUCUGAAUCUCGCAUUAUUCUUGAGUACAUUGAUGAGGUUUGGAAGGAUCAAACUCCAUUGUUGCCUACUGAUCCUUAUCAGAAAGCCCAUGCUAGAUUUUGGGUUGAUUUCUUUGAUAAUAAGGUGCAUGAAGUUGCAAAGAAGAUAUGGACUGGAAAAGUGGAUGAACUUGAGAAAGAAAAGAAGGAGUUAAUAGAGAAUUUGAAGAAAAUAGAAGAGGUUCUUGGGGAAAAGCCAUAUUUUGGGGGAAACACAUUUGGGUUUCUUGAUAUUGCUAUAAUUCCAUUUUAUAAAUGGUUUUCAACUUAUGAAAAAGUGGGAAAUUUGAAGUUAGAGUGUCCAAAACUCGUUGAAUGGGGAAAUAGGUGUUUAAAGAGAGAAAGUGUUUCAAAAUUUCUCUCUGAAGAAAAAGAUGUUUAUGAGUUUGUUAAGAUGUAUAGGAAAUUAAUUGGGGUGGAUUAA